AUGCCGCCCCCCGGCCGGGCGCCGCCGCUCGGGCUCCUGCUGGCGCUGACAGCGCUCCGGUGCCCAGCUGCCACGAGCCGAGGCCCCGAGAGCCUGCAGAGGUUUUCCUCUCUGCCCGCUUACCUCCCCGCCAGCCUUCAAGUCUCCAGCGCAGAGGAGGCUUUCUUCCUAAAGGAGGCCAACCAGGACCUCACACGGAACUCCAGCCUGCAGGCCCGGGCCGAGUCACUCUUCAUCUACCGAGCCCGCGCACCCCCUGCCGUCAACGCCAGCUACGGCCCCUUCUCUGUGGAGAAGAUGGUGCCCCAGGACCUCAUGCUGGCCCCCACCCCAUUUGGAAACACGGAGAGGUUUCCCUUCAACUGGAAGCUGAAGUCUCACAUCCUGGUCACCUCCAUCUUUUCCAAUAGGCCCAAGGUGCAGACUUUGUUUUACAUCGCUGGUGCGGCCUGGGAUGACGAAGAUGCUGGGGACGACCUUCCCUGCGUCAAGAUGUUUGCCUUCCCAGAGGCCAGGGAAGUGGCGGCUAGCUGCCGGCUGCAAGGGGCCCCAGGGCUGUGUGUGGCUGAGCUGGAGCUGUUGCCUGAGUGGUUCAGCUCGGGGCUGGACCUGGAGCCCCGGGAGGAGAUCCCGGCACUGCUGGGGGGCACGGCCAUGGAGCUCUUCUUCAGCCUGUACCCGGCUGAUGAGGCAGGCCAGUGCCCGCUGCAGGAGGAGGGCCGGUGGGAGAACAACAUCCACUCAGAGGACAGCCCCCUGCAGGGGCUCCCAGCCCGGGAGCGGAUUGGCAGCGUGGUGGUCUACCCGACUCAGGAUGACCUGCGCUGGUCCCUCGUGAGCCUGGACGAGAACAUCGCUCUGUCUGUUCCGCUGAACCUCGUGCGGGAAGGAGACACGGCCACCUUUUUGGUGUCUCUGGCCAGUGGCUCUGUAGCAGACCAGUUCACGCUUCGAAUUAAGGCAGCAGCUGGUGUGAGGAUAACAGCUGUGAGGCUCAGCAAGGAGGACCAGUGGGCGGUGCAGGAGGAAAUAGACCACAGCAGCACACAGACCACGGCUGCCCUGGCCUGCGUGGGCCACCACACUGACACGCAGAGCAGGGCCAAUGGCUCCUUCUACGAGAUCCUACAAGUGGACUUUGGAGCCGACAACAGCAGUGGCCUGGCUGGGGCCCAGCAGAUCAGCUGGCAGCUGGAGUACCCAGGCGAGGACUCUAGGAGCGAGCUGUUCGUCUCCGAGAUCUUCAUCAGCCCCACCACCUUUGUGGGUAUCGUCCCUCUUGCCAUGGACACAGAAGUGCUGAACACUGCGAUCCUCACGGGAAAGCCUGUCUCCGUCCCUGUCAAGGUGGUGGGUGUCCAGGAGGAUGGCUCUGUGGUGGACGUGUCGGGGUCUGUGGAGUGCAAGUCAGCUGAUGAAGACAUCGUCAAGGUUUCUAACACCUGUGACUCCAUCUUCGUGAAUGGGAAGGAAAUGAAGAGCAAGGUGGACACCAUUGUGAACUUCACACACCAGCACUUUACCUCGCAGGUGGAGUUCACUGUAUGGGCGCCUCGGCUGCCCCUGCAAAUAGAGAUCUCUGACACGGAGCUGAGCCAGAUCAAGGGCUGGAGGAUCCCAGUGGCUUCCAACAGAAGGCCAACCCGGGAGAGUGACGAUGAGGAAGAUGAGGAGAAGAAGGGCCGCGGCUGCUCCCUGCAGUACCAGCACGCCCUUGUGCGGGUCCUCACACAGUUUGUGGCUGAGUCACCUGACCUGGGUCAGCUGACCUACAUGCUGGGCCCCGAUUGGCAGUUCGACAUCACUGACCUCGUGACCGAGUUCCUGAAAGUGGAGGAGCCGAGAAUCGCCCAGUUCCAGGAUGGCAAGACCCUGGUGGGUCGGGAGCCAGGCAUCACCACUGUGCAGGUCCUCUCGCCGCUCUCUGACUCCAUCCUGGCUGAGAAGACAGUGCUCGUCCUGGAUGACCGGGUCACCAUCGCCGAGCUGGGCGUGCAGCUGGUGGCCGGCCUGUCCCUGAACCUGCAGCCCCACAGAGCAGACAGACGGGCCAUCGUCUCCACCGUGGCUGCCCGGGACAUCCUCCAGGCACCGCAGCAGGAAGCAACCAUCAGCUCCUGGCUUUUGUUCAGCGACGGUUCGGUGACGCCUUUAGACAUUUAUGAGCCCAAGGAUUUCUCCAUCACCGUCUCGUCCUUGGAUGAAAUGGUGGUGUCUGUCCAGCCAAACCUCCAGUCCAGGUGGCCUGUGCUGGUGGCGGAGGGCGAAGGCCAAGGUCCUCUGAUCAAGUUAGAGAUGAUGAUCAGUGAGCCUUGCCAGAAGACCAAGAGGAAGAGCGUGCUGGCCGUGGGCAAGGGAAACGUCAGGGUCAAGUUUGGGCCGCUCACGGAGGAGCAGCAGAGCGGUGGUAACGACAUCGAGGGUGUCAGCCGCGAGUACAGAGACCACGUGGGCAACUCCAUCCAGCGGGAGGGCGGCCAGGAGCGGGCCGUGCAGGAGUGGGCCCACCAUGGCGCCUCCACCGGCCAGGACGAGCGGGCCAACAGGAGCGCCACCCCCGGGGCUCCCGUGGGAGGGGGGGACAAGAGGCUCCGCAAAGGUGGGGCCGACGCCUUCACCAGCUUCCCCACGCGGGGGAAGGCGUCCUCCUCGGAGCCCCACGGUGCGGGGGACCUGACCGUGAGCUCCCGGGGCCUGACGGACCUGGAGAUCGGCAUGUACGCCCUGCUCUGUGUCUUCUGCCUGGCCAUCCUGGUCUUCCUGAUCAACUGUGUGGCCUUUGCCUGGAAAUACAGACACAAGAGGCUUGCGGUGAGUGAGCAGGGCAACAUCCCGCACUCCCACGACUGGGUGUGGCUGGGCAACGAGGUGGAGCUCCUGGAGAACCCCGUGGACAUCACGCUGCCCUCGGAGGAGUGCACCACCAUGCUGGACCGGGGGCUGCCCUUCGAGGAGAGGAACUUCCUGCUCAACGGCAGCUCCCAGAAGGCCUUCCACAGCCAGCUGCUCAGACCCGCGGACUACGCCUACGAGAAGGACCUGAAGACAGAGCCGGGCAAUCCUGCGGCGGGGCCCAAGCGGAAGAGGGUCAAGUUUACUUCCUACACCACCAUCCUCCCGGAGGACGGUGGCCCCUACACCAACUCCAUCCUGCUGGACAGCGAAGAGGACAUCAAGUGGGUGUACCGGGACGAGGGCGAGGCGCAGGACUUUAGGGACUACAUGGAGAGGCUGCAGGACCAGAUGUGAAAUCCUUUCUUAUGUUUGUAUUCACCUUUAUGCCUUCUGUUUUCUGAUCGCUGGGGCAGCAGCAAUAGAGGGUGACGUGGCAAAGGUUCCUUUGUGGCUGUCCAGAGGGGUUCCUUCCUGAGCAGGCACUAGGGGCCUGGGGAGCGGCGGCCGCUGGCUUUGA